CUCGCUUCGAACAACUGUUGGUCACGUACGGGCAAUAUUUACUUCCGACGGAAAUUCCGCCAACCGUACGUAAGCUAUUAUAAGUAGAGCUUAUAAUAUAGAGAAGAAUAAAGCCGAUCUUUUAAUAAUAGAGGCCGCAAAGUGCUACCACCAGGCAGGAGAUUGAGAUGAUCAAUAAGGCUCAGCGAGCCGUGAUCAACACAACGGACGUUAUAGAGAAGCUCCGUUUGCUCUGCCUGGCGCGCGGUGCCCAAGGCAUCGUCGGCCUCGGCAGAGUAUUUCGACGCAUGGACGAAGAUGGAAAUAAGCAAUUAAGUAAGGAUGAGUUAAAACGUGGACUUGAAGAGUGUGGAUUGGAACUGUCAGACGAUGAGGUGGAUGCGAUGUUUGAAAAAUUAGAUGCCGAUAGUAGCGGUGGUGUCAACGUUGAGGAGUUCAUUGUCGCCGUUAGACCUCCGAUGAAUGAUAGUAGAAAAAAACUGGUCGAAAUGGCUUUUCAAAAAAUGGACAAGUCUGGCGACGGUGAAAUCAGUAUCGAAGAUCUUAAAGGCGUGUACAACGUUAAAUAUCACCCUCGGUACAUUAGCGGUGAAGAAUCCGAAGAGUCUAUCAUGAAUAAAUUUCUUGCGAAUUUUGAACAAGAUGCAACCAAGGACGGACAUGUAACGCGCGAUGAGUUCUUAAACUAUUACAGUGCAAUCAGUGCCAGCAUAGAUAACGAUGCCUAUUUUGACCUAAUGAUUCGAAAUGCAUAUAAGUUAUAAAGACGAUUGAAAAUUACUUUUCGACACCGAUUGAAUUAUAAAAAAAUUUGUUAAACACUCUGUAAACUUUCUCACUAUUAUUGAAACUGUAUAUUUAAUUUGAUAAUUAAAAAAAAUAUUUCGACUUUU